AUGUCUGACGACUCUGUGCCCGUCAUAGAGCUCUUUGUUAGAGCCGCACCAUCAAGUCGAUCUGAUCGAGAACCCGGACUGGUUGGGCAACAGUGGAUUAUGGUACUUCGCAUGCUAGAACAGAAGCAUUUGAUUCACCUGCGCAUCGUUCCGACUAGCUUCGACAACCCUCCGGCGAAUUACAAAAGUCUUGGUAGUGCACGCCUUCUUCCCAUCGCUUGGAUCGAAUCUGGUCAGUUAAACGGCGCAGAUGCAAAGGGCACAGUCAUUUCAUCCUCCGGUGGUUUGGAGGUACUCAUGGCGAAAUUAGGGUGUGCGAAUUUGGAUCCAUCUCUUAAAGAAGAGGAUGUACGGGCGGCUGAACGUAUUUCGCAAGAUCUAUACUCGGACUUAAUGCACUAUAUCAAGAACAACAACAGCAAACGGCUCUUGGUUGGCUUAAAAAAUUUAAAUGAGUACUUGGCCUCCAGCCCAGGCCAUUAUAUGCUAGGUGACCAAAUUUCCUAUGUAGAUUGUCAGUUGAUGCCUAAGCUGCAGCACAUUCGUGUUGCCGGUGGUGCUUAUAAACAGUUUGACAUUCCCGAAGACCUAUCAUAUGUUUGGGAGUAUAUCAGUCGUAUGUAUCAAUCUGAAGUGUUCCUUUUUUCUUGUCCGACUGACCGAGACAUGCUUAUGCAUUAUGAUGAAAAAGACCCCUUGCCCAAAGAGAUACGUCCAGGUUUGUUGGGUCCCGAGAUUCUGCGUGACAUCCCAUCCGGUGUCCAUCGGCCACGAGAAGAUGGUGAUACAUCUGGCUAA